UUUAGUUGAUUGGCGCAUGUCUGACCGGAAAGUGAGUCUUUUCCAUUCAAAAUGGCUGACUACGAAGAUCGAGGAUACAAUAAAAAUCGCCCCAGAGGCGAUUUCAAUGGGGAUGACGAUGACAGGAGUUAUGGUAGUGACAGAGGAGGUUAUGGGGAACGACAGGGCUAUGGAAAUGACCGAUAUGAGAACAGACGUGGCGGCAACUAUGGAGGACAGGGAAAUUAUGGUAGAGGUGGAGGAAGCAGAGGUGGAAGUUCAGGAGGCAGCCCACAGAUUCCAUCUGAGCCACCAUAUACAGUGUAUAUUGGAAAUUUACCUCAAGGAUUAGUACAGAUGGAUAUUGAAAAUAUAUUUAAAGAUCUUAAUGUCAAAAGUGUACGUCUUGUCAGAGACCGUGAUACUGAUAAAUUUAAAGGUUUUUGUUAUGUAGAGUUUGAUGAUGUUGACUCACUUGUUGAAGCAUUGAGCUAUGAUGGAGCAUUAUUUGAAGACAAAAAUAUAAGAGUGGACAUUGCCGCAGGAAGAAAUAAAGAUAAAAAUCAGGGUUUCCAGAGAGGAGGCAGAGGAGGGGGUGAUAGAGGAGGUCGUGGUGGUGGAGGAAGAGGUUCAUGGCAAGGAAAAGAUGAUUCCAGUAGAGGUUAUGGCUCAUCUCGAGGUGGAUCUGAUAGGGGUUAUCGGGGCGGUGGUGGACGAGGUGGAAGCUAUGGCAAUUAUAGUGAGAGGGGUGCCAACUAUGACAGAGGGUAUGGUGGAUCGAGCAGAGGUUCUGACAGAGAAUUCGGUGGUGCACGUAGACGACAGGACAGUGGUAGUGGCGGUGCAGAGUUUAGAGAAGCAUCCCCAGAAUCUUUAGCGCAGAGACCAAAAUUAAACCUCAAACCACGUUCAGUCAAAGAUCCUCCCAAUUUGCCGGCAGAUACUGCUAGAAAUGAGAGCAUUUUUGGCAAAGGCCGUCCACGUGAAUUUCGACCAGAAGAUGAAGUUGCAGCAGGAAAAGAACGUAAACACACUACCAGUGAAAGCAGCGGACAUUAGCAAUUUUAGUUCAAAUUCUAUUCAAACUUGUGUUCCCUGUGAGAUGUUACUUCACCAAAUUCUUCUAUAAUCAAGCAAAGUUUUUUUUGACUACCUUCAAAUCUGAAAAGGCUUCAAUGUGUCUCUUGUUUUUGUUUUUUUUCAAGAAUGUUUAGCUAUAAAUAUAUUUUUUAUCAACACUGGUUGAAAGUGUAUAUCUAUCCUGCAGGACACCAACUGCUGGAUAGAAUUGUGUAUAGGCAAUUUUUUUUGUUUUGUUUUUUUUUUUUUUUUUCAAAUAUAUACAUUUUUGGUUUCUUGUGUGUCAUGGCUGCCAAUUUUGGUGGGGGGUCAUGUAGAAGAGUUAGAUUUCUACCAUAUUGUUUUCUCCAUUGAGCUCAUGUCACAUCAAUUACCUUCCCUCUGACAUUGUGUGCAAGAAUGGAUUGAAUACUUGAAACUAUUUCUCUUCGUUUCAUCAAAGCAUACUUUUUCCACUGUGCAACUGUUUAGUUGAAAUUGUAUAUAAUAUAUAUAUUAUUAAUAUAAAUGGUGUUAUUAUGGACAUUUUUUUUUUUUUUGAAGCAGCAGCUUUCAUGACAUAGGUCUAGUUUUUGUUUUUGUUUUUUUCCAAACAUAUUUUUAAGAAUUAAAAUGUGUUUGUUGUUAGUUUGUAUUUGUUUUUACUUUAACUUUGGCCCGUCAUCUGGCAUUAGAUUUAGCACUUGUGUGUCUUAUGAACAUUACUAGCGAUAGAUUUUUACUUUACCCUUUUACGCUUUUAUUUUAGGAAACUGGUGAUAAAAAAAUAAAAUAACUAUGUUGCAGUCUAGAAAAAAUUAUUCCCAUUACUCUCAUGGUUAUUAAAAAUGUUAGUGUCUGUCAAGUCUUCGCGUGCAUGUGUAUUUUUGUUUCGGGUAACUCUUGCUUUCCAUUGAAAGCUGUAUAUUGUUUUUAUAAUAGGAAGGCAUUCAAUUUUAUAAUCAUUACUUUUUUUGAUAGUACAUUUUAAACCGUAUGAGUAAAUCUCAUAGAAGUGCAGUGUUUUAAAUUAACAAACUACCAUUAGGUGAAAUAUGCUUGACUUUGGUCAGUUCAUAUUUUCCUGAUAUGGUCAUUACUAUCUGUCCAUCUUGUAUUAUCCCUGUUUCCCUAUUAGAUUUUUUUUUCCUGUAUCCUAUGUAGAUACUUUUUAUUUAGCGUUAGAUGGAUGUUUGACAGUGCAAAUGUUUACCUCUAAUUCUGCUCUUCAACACUGUCUCAUUACAAAAGCGCAAUUUGAUUGUUAUGGAUCCAGGUGGUUAAGGUCUAGAAAUGAGACACUACUCAGUAGCAUAUUUGAUGAUGAUCAUUCAAAUGUAGAGAGGAAAGUAUUAAUCCUGACAAACAUUUGCAUUUCUGUUUUAAAUUGAAUAGCAAAAGUUUCAGUGCCUCAGGGGAGGCAACAAAAUGUGUACAAAGAGCAAAUGACACUUGAGUGCAACUAACAGAGGAAGGCAACUAAACCAGUUUGAACUUGUUUACAUCAUCACCCUUAGUAGAUUUAUAAAGCAGUUUGCAUCUGUGUGAAACCUCCAUUACAAUUAGGCUUUUGUGACUUUAUUAUUUUUUUUCUUUUUUGAAGCUGUUUACUAUAAAUUUUAAAAAAGUAAUAAACUUGAACUCUAUAUGUAGAGUUUGUACAUAUGUCAGAUAAAAACAUUGUUUUCCUUUACUUAAACAGGUAGUUACACUCUCUCACAGAGAUGGGUUUGACUUUUUUUUUUCCACCCUAAUUUAUAAUGUUUGGUUGACAUGUAUCUUAAAUAAUAGAGCAAUUGUGGGUUCCUGGGUUGGUAAUGGGCAUCAUACCCUGUGUGGAAUAACAGUUAAUUCAUCCUAUUUGGUUUACUUGAAGAGAAAUGUGAAUAAUACAGCCACUGAUAAUUAACAUUGAGUGAAUUUGAUUCAUAUAAAUCAUUGAAAAUGUCAAAUUAUUAUUUUUUUUAACGCCUGAAGAAAUUAAUAUCCAUUUGAAGUGUCUAGUCAUUUUGUAUUGUCCUCUUUUUUUUUUUUUUAAACCGCAUAGCAUAAUCAUUAAUCAGAAGGUGAUUGAAACACUUUGCCUCUAACAUGUUGUGCUAUUUAGCCACAUUUGUUCCAGUUGGGUUAUGUUCACUGGGGCUUUUACAGAAGUUAUGUUUUUUUUUUUAUUCAGCUUUAACAAUAUUCAAGCAAUUAUUUCAUCUUCAUUGCUGCUAGAUUUGACAGAGUGUCAUGGAUGAUCAUUAAGGAAUGUUCUUGGUAGCUGAACUUGAGUUUUGGUUGUGACUCGUUUGAUUUUUUUAAAAAACAUUUUUAUUUUUAAUGUUUUCUGGAAUUAAAACAAAACACGUUGAACCAUUCUGUUACCAGAAAUUUAUUCUUUACUCUAUGUCCCUGUUGCACAAAAACGUUCAGGUUUUGUUGAUUUGAAAGCAGGCUGUUUAAUUUUUAUUUUUUUUAUUUUUUUUUAUUUUAAUUCUUAUUGUUUCAUUUUUCAUUCAUUUACCAAAGUAGCUGAACUCUUGUACACAUUAUCAAAACAAUAUCUCUCUAUUCUACAUUGUUUCUUUGCAAGAUGAACUUUGUUUGAUGUAUGAAGUUAAAUUGUGUAAAUAAUAAACUGUUGCUCAUAUUGCUGUGGGGAGUGAAGACAAAAAAGAGUUAUUGUUUCUUUCUGUUUCCCCAACCACUGUGUGACCCAGCAGUACAUUUCCAUUGGGUGCCUGGCUCAAAGCAAGAUGAAGCCUAAAACUUAGUUCUUUCCACUUUGCUGGGUAUCAAAAAACAUGUGAGUGAAUGCAGUGGGUCAUAAACCAUCUGAUCAACUGUUGCCAUACAAAAGAAAGUCAUUUGUUUCACAGCCCUCCUCUUUGAAAAUGUAGGUCUCAGAAGGGAACUUUCAAGUUUGUGUUUUUGUGUGUACUGUAAAUAAUUAGUUUUAUUUUAGAAACCAAAAAAAUCAAACACAUGAAUUAUGCUAUGAAUUAGUUUUAAAAAUAAAAGGACAUAUUUUACAACUCCAAA